GCUAAAUCUCAGCCUCAGCUCCACAGCCUCUCAUUUGUCUCGCCGACUCGAACGAGUUUGCGGCGUAGCGAUCACGCGCGUAGGCCUUACGAACAACGUAAGCCGUUCGAGACUGAAACUCCGAGAGCCGUUAGCUCGGGAAACACCAGAGAGCAUAAAAGCUCUCAGACAAGUAGCGAGACCAUGGCCGUCAAAAGCGCGGUUUACGACUACUCACUGUACACGCCGGACUACUAUCUCAAAGGAUUCUUGGCCGGCGGCGUCUGCUGCUCGGUAACGCGCUGUGUAGAAAUCACGGCGCCGUCCGAGACUCCGAGCGGCGAGCGCCGAGCGGCGAGCGGCCCUCGUGCGGAAUCGUCGCGUCGACCCUCCACGUCCUCGACGCGACGCACUGCUUCAUUUCCACACAGGUGACGCACGGCGGCGCCACGCCGAUUGAUUUCGUCAAGACGCGCAUGCAAUUGGUGCCCGAGCUCGGGAGCAAGGGCCUCCUCGGCGCGACCCGUGAAAUCAUCGCGAGCGAGGGCGCGGGCGCGCUCACGACGGGAAUGUCCGCGACGGCGGCAGCGUACGCGUUGCAGGGCUCGUUCAAGUUCGGCGGGUUCGAGUUCUUCAAGGUCAACCUCGCCCAAGCGUACGGCGACCAGGGCGCGUGGGACAACCGCUUCCUCCUCAACUCCAUCGCAGCGGCCUGCGCCGAGUUCAUUGCUGAUAUAUUCUUGAGCCCGCUCGACUCGACGCGCAUCCGCCAAGUCUCGGACGCGGAGAUGGCGUCGAUGUCUAUGGGUAUAUAUAUAGCAUUCAUGAUUUUUCUACGCGCCCGGGACGGCCGAUACCCUUCCUUGAUGGGCUGGUCGCAGAUGCACCGCCUCGCAUUGGAGGCCGCGCCAUAG